ACCAACUGCCUUGCUUCAUAAGUUUUCAAACAAGGGUGAGCGUGUAAAAAAUCAUUUGAAAAAGUGUCAACAUUUUAUAAAUAAAGUUGGUGGUAUUGAAGAAGUAUCAAGAAUAUUAGAAAUUGAAUUAGAAGAA